CGACUCUCUAAGAAACCUAACCCUCAAAAUAGCCAAAAUCCUCCCAAAUUUCACAAAAAUAACUCACCCAAACACAAACCCACAUCAUUUUCGGCCCAUUCCUCUAAGAAUCGUGCAUUAUCUCCCAAAAUGGUGAGGACUAAAAGAGUUGUAAAACAACCAAGGGGGCAGGCGGCAAGCACUUCUGGAAGGCGUCGAAGGGCUGAGCAAAGUCCUGAGGAGAGGGGUGAAAGCACAGACACCGAGCAGGUAUUUCAACCAGAUAACCCUCGAAACUUUGUAUCUGCAAAUGCUAUGGAAAUAUAUAGAAAUUUAGGAAAUAGGAAUGUCAUUUAUGAGUUUAGAGUAGUUUUGAAAGAUAUAUGCAAAGGGGGGCUGCAUGUAAGAGAAACGUUAGAUGCAAUGGGAUGGACUGAAUUAGUAACUAGAAAGGUGAGGGUUUACCCGCAAUUGAUUAAGAUUUUUUAUGCAAAUUUGAGUGACUCGGAGGAUGGAGGGUAUAAAACAACAGUUCUUAGGAAGACUUUUGAGUUUGAUGCUGAAACCAUAAAUGAUGUUUUACAUUUGCCAAAUGAGGGAGCCAGGGAAUUGCAUGCAUUUACAGAGGAAUCAGCAAAGAAAUCUAUCAUGGGGGAUGAGUGGAAUAAGGGACAAACAUUAAGCAUUCACCACUUGAAUUUGGAGAAUCGGUUAAUGUUUUGGAUUUACAAUCACAUAAUUUUGCCAAGGCAAGGUUCUUUUGAGAAAUUUAGUGGUCUAGAUUGUGUGUGGUUUGUAUAUAUUCUUAGCCAAAGGCGGAUCAAUUUAGGAUACCAUAUUAUGAGACACAUGGUGUAUUAUAGGGAUAGAUCGACACUCGCACUAGCGUAUGGCACUCUGAUCACGUUACUUAUGGAAAAUGCGGGUGUUGAUUUGCGUGGUAUGGAGUCCCGAGACUUAUACCGUCACGAGCUUCUAAAUGACAGUUCACUUAACAAAAUGGGGUAUGUAUUCAAUGCAAGAACAAAUUCGUGGGAAAUGAAGCAGAGAAGGAGAAGAAGAGGACAAGAUGAUGAAGGUGAGGGGUUUGAUGAUGAAGAACAUGCCGAAGAAACUGAAGAAGCAGGUCCCUCACAAGCUGCUUCAUCUCGAGUUCCUCAGAGAUUUAGCACACAGAGAGGAAUGCAGUUCAUUCUCGAGAGACUUACACGGAUUGAAUCGAAGCUCGAUGAUCACAUUCGCGAGUGUCAGAUGGCAGCACCUAUAGGUCUUCGAGGGACAAGAGGAGAUUCGUCUACUACUGGCACAUCCUCCGAACAGCAACCACAUGAUCCCUUUUCACAUCCGGACGCAUAAAUCCGAAUGUUGCAGUUGUUGAUGCUGUUAAAUUCUCGUUUUAGUGUAUGAACACUGUUUGGAAGGUUUUAUUAAGGCCAAAGCCCCUAUUUGCACCCUC